AUGUUCCCUCAAAAUCUUUUGCAUAUUCUGGGUAUGCUCCCAAGCGCUCUUGCAUGUGUUCACGGUGCUACUCCAUCCUAUAACUUCACCAGAAGAGGCAACGCAACUGUUCCUCCAUUGAAAAAGAUUGCCAUUGAAAAUGUCAGAGUCUUUGACGGCUUCAAGUUGGAGCAUCCGAGGAGAGUCAUCAUCGAUCGUGGAUACAUUUCAGACGAUCCCUCUGGCAUAGAGGAAGUAGUGGAGGGAAAUGGCAAAGUUCUCAUUCCAGGAUUGAUGGAUAGCCAUUUGCAUGCCACCUCCGUGUCAGCCCUUGAGGAGUUGAGCAGCUAUGGUGUAACCACUGCGUUCAAUAUGAAUUGUUACAACUACACUGCUUGUGACAUCCUCCGAGAUCAGCCGGGUCUUACUUCAGCGUUCUUUGCCGGCAUUCCUGCAGUCGGACCGGGCUCCAACCACGAGAGACUUCUUCGUCUCCCCGACUCCUUGCUUGUCAAUUCGUCAUCACAAGCACCGGAAUUUGUAUCAUGGGCCUUUGGAAACAAUUCGGACUACUACAAAAUCAUAAGUGAGCCGGACGGAUGUGACCAGGGCAUUCAGAACGCACUAGUCGAGGCAGCUCAUCGGCGUGGGAAGAAAGCAAUGACCCAUAGCAGUUAUCUCGAGUACUUUAAAAUGGCAGUGAAAUCUGGCUCAGAUGGAUUGCAGCAUACGGUAGCAGACGGUUUGGUGCCGGAGAGCACUAUCCAGCAGAUUCGCGCACAGGGUCAGUAUGUAACACCAACAUUGACCAUUUUUUACCAGAGCCUGAAGAACGCCUCAACUAUCGAGUUCUUGACCGGCGAGCCAACUACCAACCAAACUGUUGGAAAUGGCACGAUGAAUACGGCUGCUAUGCACAAGGCAGGAGUUCCCCUUUUGGCUGGCACUGAUGCCAUUGGCGUGAUACCUCCAAUCGAUACGCCGUUUGGCUUGUCACUGCACUGGGAAUUGGAACAUCUCGUCGAGAUUGGAAUGACUCCGGCCGAGGCGUUGCGCGCUGCAACCAUUGUGCCGGCGUUUUGGCACGGCCAUGAAGACCGUGGAGCCAUCCUGCCUGGCAAGCGAGCUGAUUUGGUGUUGCUAAAUAGCAACCCUUUGGAAAACAUUACAAAUACGAGGGAUAUUUCAAAGGUGUGGAUCGGGGGAAUUGAAUACAAAGAUGUUGUCAGCCUGUCUUAG